UUUCCCCUCCUGAAUGUAGGUAGGAUCGUGAUCUAGUAAUUUGUCAUUUGGAACAUUGCUCUACGUUCUACAAGUUGCUUUGCGCUCGAGAAAUCUCGUCAUCACAUAGAUCUCUCUUGCGCACUUCAGCUCUCCACAUAGCCACCUUAGCCUGGCAGAGCUGUCAGACGUUUGAAGAACAAUCGAAGGUAAGCGUGUGGCUUUGCAACAGAGCUCGGAGACUUUGAUCUACCUUGCAGGUUAGGAAUAUCUCCGAGAGAUUUAGUGCUCAUUAUAAAAAUACGAUACACCCGCUGCAACGUCUUGACUUUGACCUCGUUCCCAAAAUGACUGAUUUUACUGAGGCUAAUCGAGCACACUUCGAUCAAACGGCGACUGCAUAUCAAAGCAAAUUCGCUGAUUCUCUGAAGAUCAUCGCUGCGCAGACACUCAAGCACCGACUUUGGGUCAGUGAUCGAUGGACAGACACUGAAGCGGGCAAGGGCCAAGAAGUUAAGCUGCUUGAAUAUGCCUGCGGACCUGGCGUCGUCUCGAUGACCCUGGCCCCCUUUUCGUCGAAAGUGAUCGGCAUUGAUGUUUCCGAGCAAAUGGUUGCCGAGUUCAAUCGUAAUGCCCAAGCCAUCGGGCUCAGUGACAAGAUGAUCGGCUACAAGGCCGACCUACUUACCGAAUCUGCUCCAGAAGAAUUCUCUGGUCCUGAUUACACUGAAUUUGACGUUCUGGUCAUUAGUCUGGCCUUACAUCACUUUGAAUAUCCGGACGUUGCACUGCAACGGCUAGCGAGGCGAUUGAAGAAAGGAGGUUCAAUUAUGAUCAUCGAUCUCAUCCCUAGCUCUGAACAGGAUCACGGAAACGGCCACAGUCAAGGACAUCAUGGCCAUGGACAUGGCCAUGCGAAGGAAGGAAACGACUUCGGUGAUGCGUCGCAUUUGAUCAAGACGCAUGGCUUCUCACGGGAGGAUUUGGAGAAGAUAUUCAAAGAUGCUGGGUUGGGGGCUGGAUUUGAUUAUGAGCUGAUUCCCGAUCAGUUGAUUUUUGAGAAAGGAGGCAAGACUAUCCACAAGACGAUUUUUAUUGCGCGUGCUCAGCGCAUCUGAGGAUGGUAGUGCUUUCCUCUGUCCACUCCUUCCAUACAACUUUUAUUGAGCGAUAAAUGAGAGAACGAUUAUUUAUUUCGUGAUAGUUUGCACCAUGUCUUUACGUUCAACUCUCCUAACCUUCUGAUUUGUAUAGACGUCGUUGAUCAGCUCCGAGUGACGCACUGUGGAAAGGCCCCGCGGCACCAAGGCACUAAGGCACUAAGGCACUCGAUCUGAAUCCCGAUUUCCACACCAACUCUUUUUACUGUCAUGUGGCUUGGAAAAAUGAAUAACCUCCAUUAACUGAGUGAGCAACCC